AUGGAGCAUAGGAUUACGACCAAAUUACGUCAAGUUAUGGCAACUACCACAAGACCAUCUGAACAGAAGAAAGAACACUUGUUCAAAGUAUUAGUGAUUGGAGAACUAGCAACUGGUAAAACUGCUGUUGUCAAACGUUAUGUACACAAUUUUUUUUCCGAACAUUAUAGAGCAACUAUUGGUGUUGAUUUUGCAUUGAAAAUUGUUAAAUAUGCUGAUGAUACAGUGAUUAGACUACAAUUAUGGGAUAUUGCAGGACAAGAGAGAUUUGGUAAUAUGACUCGAGUAUACUAUAAAGAAGCUGUUGGAUGUUUAAUUGUAUUUGAUGUUACACGUGCCUCUACAUUUGAUGCUGUUAUGAAAUGGAAAAAUGAUUUAGAUAUCAAAGUACAAUUACCAGAUGGAAAUCCAGUGCCAUGCGUUCUGUUAGCAAAUAAAUGCGAUUUAGCAAAAGAAGGUCUUGUUAAUAACACUACUCAAAUGGAUGAAUUUUGUCGUGAAAAAGGAUUUUGUAAAUGGUUUGAAACAUCAGCCAAAGAGAAUGUUAAUAUUGAAGCAGCAGCAAAUUAUCUACUUGGAGAAAUAAUGAAACAUACGGAACAAAUUCAACAAAAACCACAAAGGUCAAGUGAUGCAAUCACUGUUGACCAAGAGCCAAAAACAAAUAGCAAAAAAGGUUGUUGCUCAUAG